AUGUUAUCGUCCAGUCCAGCAGUCCCACUUUCCUCCAUCAAUUUCAGUGAUGAUAACCAACGUCGUCUAUCACUUAUGACCGCUUCAGGUAGAGAGAUAUUUACAGCUCGUGAUGGUCUACCUUCACCCGAACAUCUCACUCCAAUCGAAGGUGUAACUCCCACUGCAAGCGAACCGGGAAGUAGAUCAAUCAGUCGACAAACAAGUACAGAUGAUUUAUCUCAUCAUGAAGAACCUCAUUAUGAAAGAUAUAAAGAAUUAGAUACUACUUCUUUAAGAAAAGUUCCUAGUAGAGGUGGUAUCUGGCAUGAAGUUGAAGAACCAAGAGCCCCCAACGCUCCCUACUAUUCAUCACAAACGAGCAGUCGUUCCAGUUCUCCUCCUGUUGAUAAAACAGACGUGGAACAAUGGCAUGCGGCUCAUAAACGACCACCUAUACCCUCCGGCCUCUCUUUUACCCCCGCGACUCCUGACGCACCUUCUCCUGCUCCAUCUCUACCAGCUGCUCAAACCGCCCACCAUCAAUCCGAAGUCAACAAGCCGUAUCAAGGAUCCAAGACUGCACCUUCUAGUCCCCACGAAUCUCCACACGCUACCCGACAUGCUAAACAUCACGCUGGACCUCUGCAUGAUCUCCGUCGAUUCUUGAAUCAUCACAUCGGGCACAAUGAUCACAAACAAAAACAACCUCCUGUAGGUGAACAUGGGUCUAUUGCCGCCCAAGCUAUCCACGCCCAUAUGAACGAAACCCCAGGGCCAUCAGUUCCUGGCUCCCCCACAACUGCAGGUGCAGCCACGCCAGGUAUGCAGCGUCGAGGAAGUAGCUUUAGUGGCCUUGGUGGCGGUGCUGCUGCCACUGCUGCGCCUAGUGCUGUACCCACAGCGCAAGCGACUCCAGCGACGUCUAGACACGCGGAGCAUCAUGAGAAACACGGUGCCCAUAGUUCUCACCUCAUGGGAUUCAUGAGACAUCAUCAUCGGGAAAACGAAGGGGAGAAAUCUCACUCCUCUCUUGCCAGUUUCUUCGGUCAUCACAACGAUAAGCACAAGGAGAAGAAGACCAAGAAGGAAGGGAAAACUCCAACGGAGUCUCGAGUCACUAGUGCUGCACCCAGUAGGACUACUACUUCGACUCUUCAAAUGACUCAAGCUGAACAUUUACCUGCAUCAUCUGUUCCACCUUCCCGAGGUCAUUCACCUCCUGACACUCCUAGCAUCUCCACUCCCAAAAAUGCUCAAGAUUAUCCCGGAGUUCCUCACCCUGUCGUCGCUCUCACUCAUCCAUCACUUCACGAAGCUACUCAUGCUCACCUAUCAAAGAAAUACGGCAAGUGGGGUAAAGUCCUCGGUUCAGGUGCUGGUGGUACCGUCAGACUCAUCAAGGCUAACUCAAAGAGCGGUGGUUCCACCUAUGCUGUCAAGGAAUUUAGACCUAGAAGACAAGGAGAAAGCGAAAAGGAAUACCAACGAAAGGUUACCGCAGAGUUCUGUGUAGGUGUCACCUUGAGGCAUAUUAACGUGAUUGAAACGGUUGAUAUCGUAAAUGAUCAUGGUCAUUUCUACGAGGUCAUGGAAUAUGCCCCUUAUGACCUUUUCUCCGUUGUCAUGUCCGGCAAAAUGGCUAGACCCGAAAUUUACUGUGUCUUCCGCCAAAUCAUUGACGGCGUCAACUACCUUCAUUCAAUGGGUCUCGCUCACAGAGAUUUGAAACUCGAUAAUUGCGUUAUGACCCAUGACAAUGUUGUCAAGCUCAUCGAUUUCGGUACAGCCACUGUAUUCCAUUAUCCUGGUAAACAUCAAAUUCCUGCAUCUGGAGUUGUCGGUUCAGAUCCUUAUCUCGCGCCGGAAGUCCUCAAUAAGGACGCUUAUGAUCCUCGACUUACCGAUGUCUGGUCGGUCGCCAUCAUCUUUAUGUGUAUGAUCCUUCGUCGAUUCCCCUGGAAAAUCCCAGAUUUCAAGACCGAUAUGAGUUAUCGACUUUACGUGAAUACCCAUCCUGAAUUAUGCACCAAACCUCCUGUACCGACUCCCGCUCCUUCCGUCAUGAAUGGUCAUGAGGGGAUCAGCAACAAAGUCGGUGGUCCACACGCAUUACUCAACGAUGGAUCAAGUUCUUUACCUUUCCGAUCAACCUCGAUGGUUUCAAACGCCAGUACUGCUGUGGAGACAAAAGCCAGUCCAGAGUCCCAUCAUCUAGCUGGUCUAACAGAGUCUGGAUCGUCCUCGGACGAAGGUACCAAUUUAUCUCACUUGAACAUAAGGGAUCCAGGAGAAGAACGACAAGAUCUAUCCGAUACUCAUUUCCCAAGAAGAAGUGAUUCCAUUGUAUCUGUUCCUGCAUCUCGAUACGCCACUUCCGGCGCAUUAUCGGCUGCAGCUCCCAAGAGACAGGGAACAUUACCUGUAGAAGGCUCAACUCGAAUGGAUAAACUUUCUGUCCCCGAUGAAAAUUCUCGAAGUGCUGCAAGAAGUAGAGCUGUGUCUAAUCCUGUUUCGCCGCCUAUUACACCAGGAGUAAACGAAACUCACCGAAACCCAUUUGGACCAGGCAAUUCGAUUACUCCAGCUGUCAGAGCUGAACAACAAGCUAAACGAGAACGAGCCGCAUCAAUCUCCUCAACCAGGACAUUCCAAUCAGGUGGAGCAGAAUCAAUAUUUAGAUUAUUACCUCGUGAAUCAAGAUCCGCAAUCAUGAGAAUGUUAGCUGUUGAACCUUCGAUCAGAUGUACUCUUUCAGAUUUAUUAGUAGGAAGAGGUAAAGAUGAAAUGAUGUGUUCAUGUGGUUCACCCGAAUGUUCAGGUUCAGUCUUCCCGCCGCCAAAAGAAAUUACUGGAAUGACAAAUGAUGAAUUAGAUGAUGGUGAUGAAUGGGUAAAGAGUAUAGAAUGCUGUUCACAUCAUCCAGGCAAACCAGUUAAUCACAAUCAUAUCAAAGUCAUUUCUGAAGAGAAACCAAAGAAGAAGUUAUUCCACUAA